CGGAUAGACGUACGCCCAUAUCCACAGAGCACACAAUUGGAAGGAGGUCUUACAUGGCGCUCUUUGUGGUUGAAACAGAGUCUGGAAAACGUGGUCUUUAGAGCAAACACAUUCUCUAAUUGUGAGCUUUUGGUCCUCUGGGAGUAUCUGGGAAAGGCCUGCCGGAGUUUGUGCUUUAUAGCCAGAAAUGUGGAGAACUUCCCCCAGCCAAUGGACUGAGGCAAAGGGCGGGAGCAGCCGCCGCCAUUUAAUUAAAGAGAGGAUGAGCCGAAAAUUCAUAAAUAGGAGGUGAUGUGCUAAGGUGCUUCCUUUUAGCUGCCACAGCCUGUGGACAGAGGCAGACUGGGCCAAGAUGAAGUCUCCCGAAGACGAGUGGGCUUGUCUGCUAGCCAACAUCACCAUGUUCAGCAAAAAGAAGAAACGCAUUGAGAUAUCAGCCCCUUCCAACUUUGAACACCGGGUCCACACGGGAUACGACCAGCAGGAGCAGAAGUUUACAGGGUUACCGAGGCAAUGGCAGGGUAUCAUCGAGGAGUCGGCCAAGCGGCCAAAGCCACUGGUGGAUCCAGUGUACAUUACGGCGGUCCAGCCUGGCUCUCAAAAGACCAUCGUGCGUGGAAACAAAGCUGCCAAGGACGGUUCCCUGGCCUGGCUGCUAGAUGAGUUUGAGAACAUGUCGGUGUCGCGGUCCAAUUCUCUGCGCAGGGACAGCCCUCCUUUCCCGCCUCGGCACGACCAGUUGUACCAGGAGAAUGGCCUGAGCGAGGCCCUGGGCAGGCCCCGCCAGCACCACCAGCACCACCACAUGGAGGACGAAGGUGGGGGCAGCAAGAACAAAGACCCCAAGGAACGUGGCCGCCACGGGCCCAAGAGCGAAGUGGAUCCGGGCAGGGAAAGGAGCUGGGACAACAGGACUGCUGCUCAGCACUCCCGUGGACAUGAGCCCGUCAGCAAGCCUCACCAGCAGUCCAGCCACCUCCAGCCUCCUGAGCACCACAAGCCCUCCUCAGAACAUGGUCACCGAGCGCCCGAGCGGGACAGGAAGAGGGAGCCCCCCGCUGAGCGCGUGGUUAAGAGGGAGCGGGCGGAGGGCCCUGACAAAAGACCCAAAUCCACCUACACUGGUGAGGCCAGCCCACAGUCCCCCCGGGAAAAACGGCCCCUCUCUGGGCCCAAUAUCCGGACCCCAAAUAUCCCCAUCUCCGAGGGUGUGAUGAAAACCGCACAGCAGACCGGACGGCCUUUCAACACAUACCCGCGAGCAGACACUGAUCCUGUCCGGGGUGCUCAGGCAGAACACAGGCCCGGGAAGGCCCCGGAAGCAGCCUCCAACGGCCCUGUGAGCGGAAACAGCAGCCCUUCCGGGCUCCCCCCUCCAGGCCUGGCGAGAUCCAGAAAUCCGGAGCCCCCCCAUGUGGGACUCUCCCAGCAUGCCUCCGAGCCCCACUUGACGCACGUGCUGUCGCCCCCGGGCCCCCCUCCCCCCCGGCCCCCUCCCCAGCAGCCUCCAGUUCCUCCGGCCCCUCAGCAGCCCUGCUCCCCACAGCGCGAGCCUCAGCGGGUCUCCCACGAACAGUUCCGGGCGGCCUUGCAGAUGGUGGUCGACCCCGGAGACCCCAGGACCUACCUGGACAACUUCAUCAAGAUCGGGGAAGGCUCCACGGGCAUUGUCUGCAUCGCCACCGUCAAGAGCUCCGGGAAGCUGGUGGCGGUCAAGAAGAUGGACCUGCGCAAGCAGCAGCGGCGGGAGCUGCUCUUCAACGAGGUUGUGAUCAUGAGGGACUAUCAGCAUGAGAACGUGGUGGAGAUGUACAACAGCUACCUGGUGGGCGAUGAGCUCUGGGUUGUCAUGGAGUUCCUGGAGGGCGGCGCUUUGACUGACAUCGUCACACACACACGGAUGAACGAAGAGCAGAUCGCCGCUGUCUGCCUCUCUGUGCUGAAGGCUCUUUCCGUACUCCAUGCUCAGGGCGUCAUCCACCGGGACAUCAAGAGUGACUCCAUUCUGCUCACCCACGACGGCCGGGUCAAGCUCUCUGACUUUGGAUUCUGCGCGCAAGUGAACAAGGAGGUGCCACGGCGCAAGUCGCUGGUGGGAACCCCUUACUGGAUGGCCCCAGAACUCAUCUCUCGGCUGCCCUACGGACCCGAGGUGGACAUCUGGUCCCUUGGUGUGAUGGUGAUAGAGAUGGUUGACGGGGAGCCUCCUUAUUUCAACGAGCCCCCUCUGAAGGCAAUGAAGAUGAUUCGAGACAACCUGCCCCCCAAACUCAAAAAUGUGCACAAGGUCUCUCCUUCCUUGAAGGGCUUCCUCGACCGCCUGCUGGUCAGAGACCCGGCCCAGAGAGCCACGGCAAGCGAGCUCCUGAAGCAUCCCUUUGUGGGCAAAGCCGGCCCCCCGUCCUGCAUCGUGCCCCUGAUGAGGCAGAACCGGAUGAGAUGAAAGAGCUGGACUCCUUGCUGAGGAGAGCGCGAGACGGGGAAGGUCCAUCAUCCCCAGCCAGCCCCAUGAAGCAGCUGGAGACCUGCCAGUGAGGAUGGGGCUUUGGGACCCCUCCGAGCCCUGCUCCCUGGGGGAGUUCCCCCGGUCGGUGUGGGCAGGAGGAGUUCGGCAAGUGGUCGGGACGCCUCUCUAAGGACUCCUCUUGGUCAAGUGAUGACGCGGCCCCCGAAACGGACACUGCGGACCCAUCUCUGGCAGACCGUUUCUGCGUCGCCAUAUCGUACUACUGAAUUGAAGGGGGUGGGGCAGGGGGCUAAAAAGGCGGCAACAUUUCUGUUGCCCUCUCCUUGUUUGCAUCCUGAAUCCUGGGCAGCGAUGGACUGGUUGGGGAAUGGGCAGCGGUCCGGCACUGCAGAAAUGUUUUCUUCUCUCCCAGCCAAGCACAGAAAAGGAGGGCGUUGGCCAGGGGCAGCCUGGGGGGAGGGCAGAAGCGCCAAAGCACCCGAGUUCUCACCUGCCACAGGUAGGAGGGAGCAGCAGAGCCCCGUGGCAGGCGCCCCUUCCCCAGACUAGAGGUGGACACGCGUGGAUCGCCAGUUCCCGAGGCGGCUUUUCCCCGCAGCGAAGGGAAGGCAGCACAGUAGUUUAGGGGAUCCUGAAUCUCCAGUAGGGAAAACCCGCUCUAGGGAACCACGGUGGCUGAGCGUGAAAACCUGUGACUACUACGGGCUCUGAACUGCCGGUGACCAUGGGGCCCCUGUCCGGUGGGGCCGCUGCUUGCAGAGCCAGGCCUGUCCCAGAGACCCAGAGCUUCCUUGGGCCCAGCGGUGUGACCGCAGGCACCUGGUGCUGCAGAAUGGCAUUCCUGCCACGCUGCUACUGCUGAGGAAACCCAUCUCAGGGCGAGGCGUGCUUUUACAUUGGAGUGGGGGGAGGAAGAGACCACAGUCC